AUGGCUCGAAUAACAGAGUUUCUGAGAUGGCCGGUUACUACAGUUCGGCAAGCGUGGGGGGACUACAAAGUCGGGCGCGCUAUACGUCAAAGCUUACCCAAAGUCGACUAUGAAGAAGAGACAGAGGGCGAGGAGGGGUGCGAUGAAGAAUGCAGAGAAGUCUGCAAAGAGAAGUGUGAAGAGGAAACUCUCGACCAGUGCGAGGAGGCGCGCAGCGAUGUGAAGGAGGACCCAUGCGAUGAUGUGGCAUCGCCGACAGAGCCGUCUCCACGCCGCAAUGAGGAACAAGAGCUUGCGGCCAAAUAUAAAGAAAAACUCGCGAGAUCAUGGAGAUACUGUGGAGAAAGAGAAUUUCCUUGGAUCCAUACGCGGCUGGUUUAUGAGGAGAGUAACUGGAGGGGGACGUGGGUGGUGGAGGUCAAAGACGUGCGGGCCACCAUGAACUGGAAGAUCGAAAAAGUGCCCGAGGAAACCGGACGCGAGUUGAAAUAUAAUCUUUUUAAAAUGGAGACUCGCGUCCUGAUCUAUACGGCCACUGAGGACGCGUGGAACGGCCCCAAUAGAACGCGCUCGGAGAUGCAACCGCGCGUCGACGAGGCCGAUCUGUCACAAGUUAUUUCACGCCCACCCGCCAGAGACAUGCUCCCUUGUGGGCUAACCUACCCCACUCCUCGCAGCUUCACAAACGAAAUUGUUUUGUCGCGCGUUGGUAUCGAACUUUAG